AUGUCAAAUCCAUCUUUUCUUUCACGAAAGAAAAUUCGACCCAAGAGAAAUUCUCUCAAGAGAAAUUCUGGAAAUUUUUCUGGACCUCCCAGAGAUUUUCUCUCCAAAGAAAUUCUGGGAAUUCCUCUGCGCUUCCUAGAGAAUUUCUCUGGACCUCCCAUAGAUUUUCUCUCUAGAGAAAUUCUCUCCAGAGAAAAACCAGACUGCAUAUUCAGGGUGCAAAUGCUCGUGUGGAACCUUCUAGAUGUUGAGAAGAAGAUGCCCGUUCAAUUCAGAGAAUUUCUCUGGUCUAAACCAGAGAAAUUCUCUGGAUUGAAACUAGAGAUAUUGUCUCUAUUUGCAGCAGAGUUUUUUGACCCUUCAUUAUAUGCAGGGUUGUGGGAUAGAUUUCCAACAGCAAGGACAGUGCAACAAAUGAUGGAAACCAUGGAGAGGAUGAUGGAAGACCCUUUUGUCUACACCAACGGGUGGCCGUCGCCGACAUUAACUGAGACCGGCGAGUACAGCAGGGGAAGGACUCCAUGGGAGAUAAAGGAAGGAGAGAGAGAGUACAAGAUGAGAUUCGACAUGCCCGGUAUGACCAAAGAUGAUGUGAAGGUCUAUGUUGAAGAGAAAAUGUUGGUUGUCAAGGCUAAGAAAAUGGCCAAGGACAGAAAUGGCCAAGAAAGUGAGGUAGAAAAUGAAGAGUGGUCUGCAAAGAGCCAAGGUAGGUAUAGCAAUAGAGUUGCUUUGCUUGAGAAUGUUGAGUUUGAGAAGAUUAAAGCUGAGGUUAAAGAUGGGGUUUUGUAUAUAAUUAUACCUAAAGCUAGUGGCACUUCCAAGGUUUUGGACAUUAAUGUUCAACGAGUAGCUGAAUGUAUAAUCAAUUAUUAGGGUUAAUUUAGUGGU